GACUUCAACGCGCGCGUUGGCUCUGGUAUGGCUGAGGAUGAGUGGGGCAGAGUACGUGGGCCUCAUGGUUUGGGCCAACUGAACAGUGCUGGAACCGAGCUGCUGUCCUUUCUGUCUAUGAAUAACGCUAGUCUUUGUAACACCUGGUUUGCGAAAAGGGACAUCUUCAAGCGGACGUGGCAACACCCUGGGUCAAUGGCUUGGCACUGUAUUGACUACAUCAUUGUUCGCCAAGCCGGUCAGCGGCACUGCAUGGAUGUCACCACAGUACGGAAUGCGGAGUGUGGGAGCGAUCAUGAGCUACUUACCAUGUCUUUCGACCUGGAUACUCCGGCCGUGCGCCGCCGUGCUGCCCGUCAUAGCCCUCCGGUUUUCCAAUUUGAUGUUGCCAAGAUGCGUGGCGAAAAUCCUGAUCUUCCGUCAAAGCAGUCUGCAGCCGAACACUACCAGUCGGAUGUUGCUAAAGAGCUCGCUGAUCGGUGGCCCGAGGAGGGCAGUGUUGAGAGCCAAUGGACUGCGGUACGUGAUGCUGUUGUUACAUCAGCUAUGGAUAACUUGGGUCCACGAAAGAGACGCCAGUCAGACUGGUUUGCUGAUAGCCAGGAUGUCAUUCAACCGCUCUUGGACGAACGCAAUGCAAUGUACAAUGUGUGGGUUCAACAUGGUAGGCUCCGUGACGAUCACUAUUCCAAGUUCAAGGCUGCCCGCGCUGCUGCCCGUUCUGCAGUACGUCAAGCGAAGGUGGAUUGGAUCAAGAACAAGGCACAGCAGGCCUCGGAGUCCCGAUUUGACGGCGCGGCAGUUUGGAAGUGUAUAGGAGAUUUGCAGGCGUGCUGUCGUGGACGGGUGGGCACCCGGGUGUCUGCUAUCAAGGAUGAAAAUGGUAACUUGUGUGAGUCUCAGGAGGAACAGGAUGGUCGGUGGAGUCGUCAUUUCGACACAGUGUUGAAUAUCCCAUCUACGUUCGUCCCUGCGGUACUGGGCUCUCUCCCACAUUGCCCGGUUGCUGAUGAUUUGGCUAACCCCCCAACGUCGGCUGAAGUGCGACGUGCAAUCGAUAAGCUGAAGCCUGGCAAGGCUGCUGGCGCAUCCAGGAUUUUGCCGGAGCUGGUUAAGUACGGUGGUUUUCCUCUACGGGACAGGAUGCUAGAUCUGUUUGGUGCUGUGUGGAACUCCGGACAGGUACCGCAGGAAUGGGUUGAUGCUACUCUCGUACCCAUCCCCAAAAAAGGCGACCUGCAACUGUGUGACAAUUGGCGUGGCAUUGCUCUGUUGGAUGUUGUGGGGAAGGUGCUGGCUGCCAUCAUACAGACACGUCUCCAGCGGCUAGCGGAGACCCUGCUGCCAGACUCGCAGUGUGGUUUUAGGCGCGGGCGCUCGUUCUCGGACAUGAUCUUCUCUGUACGCCAACUUGUGGAGAAAUCUCUCGAGCAUGACACGAAAGGCUACAUGGUUUUCAUCGACUUGCGCAAGGCCUACGAUUCAGUGCCCAGAGAGUGUAUGUGGCGUGUACUUGCUUGUGCUGGGGUACCGGACACCCUCCUCGCUGUCAUCAAGUCCUUUCACACAUCUAUGUCUGCCACAAUCCGCACAUCCCAGGGACACACUCAGCCCAUCAACAUCAACAACGGCUUGAGGCAGGGGUGCUCUAUGGCCCCCGUGCUUUUCAAUCUAUUCAUGUGGGCCGUUUUCACUGUUUGGUCCCGGAGAGUGUCGGCAGUUCCUGGUGUCGGCAUGGAGGUUCGCUAUUGCAUUGACGGAAAUUUGUUCGGCAAGCCGAGGACGCGAAAGAUAUCGACCAAGUUUGGGGAAUGUCAGUUCGCCGACGAUUCAGCCUUGUUAGCGACUACACGUGACGGUGCUCAGCUCGCACUCUCUGUAUUCCAGGCGACUGCUGCUGAUUUUGGACUAACUGUCAGCACUACCAAGACCCAAUUCAUGGUGUGCGGCAGCAACAUCCAAGAUGCAGACUGUGUCCCACUCACGCUGGCGGAUGUUGAGAUCAAGAAUGUCGCUGAAUUCAGGUAUCUGGGUUCCAUUAUCGCCAGCAACAGCCGUUCGGCAGUGGACGUCAACGCCCGCAUUGCGAGUGCCUCCAAGGCCUGUGGUGCUUUACAGCGCCCUGUAUUUGCCAAUGGUCAGCUUCCUGUGUUCUUGAAGAGGUGUGUUUUCAACGCGUGUGUCAUGUCCUUACUACUAUACGGUUCUGAGUGCUGGGUCCCCCUUCAGGGCGACUUGCAACGCCUGUCCUCCUUCCAUAUGCGUUGCGUCCGCUCUAUCCUUGGUGUGUCGAGACAGCAGAUGUGGGAUGCCCACAUCAGCAAUGCUGAACUAUUGCGUAUGUGGGGCGAUCCGGAGACCAUCACCUGUAAGCUUCGGCAUCGUCGGCUAGAGUGGCUAGGUCACCUGGCGCGCAUGGAUGACACCCGCAUGCCGAAGUGCCUUCUGUUUGGCCAGCUCCCACCUGACAGACCUGCCCAUGGCCCAAGGAAACGGUGGAAGGACUGCGUGUCGGUCGAUCUUCGACAUAACCAAAUUGUGAACUGGUACCAGACCGCUAACACAUCUCGCGUGGAAUGGCGAUGUAGAUACCAAGACCAGGAUAAGGAACUGGCCGCAGCAGCCCCCGUUGAGUGCCCCACCUGUGGAAAGGUCUGCUCUAGACCAAGUGAUCUUAAGCGCCACAAGUGCACAGCGGAGCGUCGCAAGCCAGUCCAUCAGCAGCGUGGUGCAUGUCAAUGCGCAGAUUGUGGGAGAUGGUACCGUAGCAGGGGUGGACUCGCUGUGCGCAGGUGUCAGCCUGCCUCAAUCGCUAGCCGGCCCGCUUCCGCUCCUUGUAGACCUCGCCAGAACCGCCCAACAACGGAUGAACGUGCCAAGUUUCCACUAAUGUGUCAGCACUGCUCUCGGAGAUUUCGGCAGUCCAGGGACCUGACCCGGCACCGGCGUGUUUGCUCCUCUCCCUCCUCCCGCAAUGGGACCACGUAACCUUUAAGGCAGUGGGUCGACAGGACAGGACAGGUGUGUGUGUGUGUGUGUGUGUGUGUGUGCGUGUGUGCGUGUGUGCGUGUGUGUGUGUGUGUGCGUGUGUGUGUGUGCGCGUCCUCAGCCCUUGCAAAGACCCUUGGAGCGCCUGAGGACAUUGGUCACAUCGUACAGGGACGGCGUUUGCGCUGGCUUGGACACGUGACAUGGAUGGAAGAUCACCGGUUGCCCAAGUGUGUUCUCUUCGGUGAACUGCCUGCCCCGCGUCCCGCGCAUGGUCCACGCACGAGGUGGAGGACGUCAUUAUGGAUGACGUUUCGUCGGUUGAGCCACCGCUACCAACAUGUUGAUGGUACGGUGCAGCCCAGAACAGUCCGGAGUGGCGUACCAUUGCCCGUCGACCACCCAAGGCACCCUCUGCUGCUGGCUACGGUUGCGCCUGCGGCCGCAUGUUCCGUCGAAGCGGCGACCUGAAACGCCAUCAGUCGUGGACUGGAGAAAUGACAAUGCGCUGUCAUUGCUACGCAAUGGGCAAGGUCAAGGUUCAAGGCAAGAUGCACGUCAUGAAUAUUAUAUUACAGCUGUAUCAUGUGUGAUGAGGUGACGCAGCAUGGCCGC